AUGAUUAAAAAAUUUGGCAAGGCUGCAUCAUUUUUGGCUGCAAAAUACGGUCUUUAUGAAUGGCCUUAUAGUACGUCUAUUGAACUAAAGACCAGUAUGGUGCAGUCUGGAAUCCUAGAAGAAAAUAAUUCGGAGGAACAAGUGUCUGAAAUAUGGAUUGAAGAGAAUUCAGAAGUUAUUUUAACUAAUGAAGUAUCACAAUUUGAUAAAUGUAAUAAAUCGCAAAUAUUCGUUGAUGAUCCUUAUUUAAUAUCUGAUGUGACAGUGGGGAUGGAAAUAAACAUUGACCGAGACGAAAUUAUUAUGGUGUGCACAGAUAAGCAUGAGAAAUCAGUACAAUGUACUGUCACUAAGGGUGGGUAUUUGCAAAAUUUUGCUCAUGUGUUCAUGAGGGGUGCCAUCCUAACACGACCAUCUAUUUCAAAAACGGAUUUACAUAUGAUCAAGUUUGCUUUGGAAUACCAGAUGGACAUGCUUAUUGUAAAUUACCCACGUAACGUUGAAACGAUCACUAAAAUAAAAAAAACUAUAGGAACUAAACACAAGAGGCCUUUAAUUAUAGCUGGAAUAUCUACUCAAGAGGGAUAUAUGAACAUAGAUGAGAUUGUUAAAGCGGGCAAGCCAUUCUACGUUUCUGGUUGGAUUUUUAAUGAAAUUCUUACAACUGGCAUUGCAAGCACUCGAGAAAUAUCCGAUGUGACGAACGCCAUUCUAAAAGGAGCAACUGGUUUAUGCCUCCAUGAAACAACUGAUAUGAACAACGUGUUCGAGGCAAUAAAAAGUCUGAAUAACUUAUGUUGUAAUGUUGAACCUCUGUGUACUGAUAAAAGCGAGUUUUGGGAUCUAAUGUCACGGUAUGAUGCCAUGGAGUUACCAGGGCAGCAGUUAGCUGCAGCGAAUGCCGCUACGCCUUUAGACCACGUAUUGAACUUAGAUAUCAAAGCGCCAGCAGCAUGCACCCGUCUCACUGGAAUCAUAGCCUCGAUGGGUAAAUCUACUUAUGACGUUGAAAUAUUGGAAAAAAUGAUCGCAGCCGGUAUGAACAUUGCUUUGUUAAACAUGAACUUUGGGCCCCGAGAAGAACACACGGAAUGCAUCAAAAUGCUUCGAAUCGCAGCCAAAAAUUACAGCAUUAAGAUGGGCAAAAAUUAUCCAAUGUCAAUAGCUAUGAGAUUAUCGGGCAGAAAGAUAAGAACCGGACGCCUUGCUGAGUCUUACGGUGAAUCUGUAGAACUUAAAACCGGUGAAGUGGUAAGAUUGACAACAGACGAAACGUACAAGGAUCGAUGUUCUACAUACACGGUUUACGUAGACUUUAUGUAUUUUGCCGAACAAAUGAAAAAAGGCGAUCUUAUACUAUUGGACAAUGAGACAAUCCUGUUAAAAGUGGAAAUGAUAUCGACUACGACACUAACUUGUAGAAUUGAGAGAGGGGGCUUUUUAGGGUCGUUUAAAGACGUGUUCGUUCCUAAUGUCGUUCUCAAUAUGCCGAAUUAUACUGAAAAAGAUAAACUUGAUAUCGAAAUGGCGAUUCAGAAUCAGAUCGAUAUUAUUGUUGCAUCGUUUGUGAACUCAGCAAGCUGCGUUUUGGAACUGAAAGCCAUUUUAGGUGAAAAAGGAAAGAAGCUUGCUGUUGUAGCAAAUAUUCAGACAAUUGAAGGAUUUCGUAAUUUCGAUGCUAUUUUGCAGGUAGCAGAUGGAAUAAUGAUAUCAAGACAGGAAUUGGGAUCAGAUAUUUCACCAAACAAGCUAGUUAUAGCACAAAAAAAUAUGAUAGCCAGAGCUAAUAGAGUUAACGCUCCAAUCGCCGUGAGUGCGCACAUUUUGAGCAGUAUGAGGGAUAAAAAGAUUCCACUUCGAGCUGAACUCCUCGACAUAGCUAACUGUAUCAUAGACGGUGUUGACAGCCUCGUACUUUGUGCCGUAACAUCGGUUGGGUUGUAUCCUGUAGAUACUGUUGCCGCCAUGUGCGCCACUUGCAAAGAAGCCGAGUCUUGUAUUUGGACUAAACAAGUUUUCAAUGAUUUUAUUGACAAAACGCCGUUACCCUGUGACCAGGCAACAGGUGCGGCUAUGGCUGGAGUAUUAGCAGCACAAAGGUCAAUAGCCGCAGCCAUCAUAGUCGUGACCACUUCUGGUAAAUCUGCUCAGACUGUCGCCAAGUUCAAGCCUAGGUGUCCCAUUAUAGCGGUCACUAGGUACGGAUUGGUGGCCCGACAACUGCAUUUGUGGAGAGGAAUUGUACCUCUCAUUUAUGAAGACGAGCCAGAGACUGAUUGGGCUUCUGACCUUGAAAAACGUGUAAAUUUUGCUAUCAAAUGGUCUAUCGAGAGAGGUUUCGUUAGGAUCGGAGACCCAAUGGUCAUCAUCUCCGGUUGGAGACAAGGAUCCGGAUACACGAAUACUAUGAGAGUUAUCUACGCUUCUGCUGAUGCCGUGACUGUGUUGUGA